AGUGCCAUUUGGUAUACUCCGCCUUUUCCCCACGGUCACACUGCUGUCAUGAUUUUGAUAAGGGAGCCAUAAAAACUUGGGAAUAAUUUCGCUAAAACAUGCUGCUUGGCAGCCGAAUCUCCAGUCGAAAUGAGCGAAUCUCUUGAUAAGACCACCAGUCCGAGCUCGGCCAGUUCCAGGGCCACGCCCUUAAGGGCGGAGGACCCAGAUGGGAUCCACGAUGUAAGUGACACCUUCUACACGAGCCAGCGUAAGAAGGGAAGCCACGUAUUUCGGGUCCGUCUGGAUGCCACAGGAUUCACUCUGCAGCGGGAAUCCCCGGGCGGCAGUAUUGUCAAGGAACAGCAGGUGCGCAUCGGAGAUAUAGUGGGUGCCCGCUGUAUGCGUCCUAAGAAAAGUCGACGUUUGGCGAUGUCAGGAGCCUGUGCCUGCAGCUCCGGAAAUCCGAAUUCGCCGGCUAUCUCGGCUUCUGGGGAUCAUCAUCGCACUGCCACCACUCCGAGCAAAUGUAGCACCAAUAGCCGGGAGAAUAUUCCACAGGAUGGAGGCGAUGUCAGCGCAUUUCUCUAUGUCUUCGCAUAUGUCCUUAAGAAGAGAAGCCUACGAACGGAGCUUCACAGAGAGCGAACCGUGCUUACACUUCGGUUUAGAUCCUUCGACACCUUUGAAGACAACAUGAGGGAAGCAGAUCGAUGGUAUAGAUCCCUUCGCUGGCAGUUGAAUCGGACGCUAGAGGAGAUUUUCGUUGCACCGACAACGGAUGACCGACGUCGCCGAGUUUUGGUUUUGCUGAAUCCGAAAUCCGGUUCUGGAGAUGCUCGAGAGGUCUUCAAUAUGCAUGUGACGCCGGUACUCAACGAGGCUGAAGUUCCCUAUGACUUGUAUGUCACCAAACAUUCCAACUUUGCCAUUGAAUUCUUGAGCACAAGGUGCCUGGAUGCCUGGUGCUGCGUGGUGGCCGUCGGCGGUGAUGGCCUGUUUCACGAGAUAGUCAAUGGUCUACUGCAGCGGCAGGAUUGGGCCCAUGUAUUGCCUCAUCUGGCACUGGGGAUCAUUCCAUGCGGUUCCGGAAACGGAUUGGCCAGGUCUAUAGCCCAUUGUUACAAUGAACCCUACUUCAGCAAGCCAGUGCUAGGAGCUGCAUUGACCGUAAUCAGCGGACGCAGUUCACCGAUGGACGUGAUCCGUGUGCAGCUUCAAAAUCGCUCCCUAUACUCUUUCCUGUCCAUUGGCUGGGGUCUGAUCUCGGAUGUGGACAUUGAGAGCGAACGAAUCCGGCUGCUUGGAUACCAACGUUUUACCAUUUGGACUCUGUACCGUCUGGUGAAUUUGCGUACCUAUAAUGGCCGGGUUAGCUAUCUUCUAAGGGAGGAACAAGGUUCCACGGCUCAGAGUCAUUCUGGUUAUCCUGCACAGCGCAGGAUGCAGAUCAGUCAGAGCUGCAAUACGCACAUUGACAUGCUGAAUGGGCCUGCGCCCAGCUAUCAUUCCAGUGCUGAGUACCUGCCGCAGGAGUUUGCGGACGUGAUUUCCCUGGAGACGUCCAUCAAUCAGUCGUUUCGCUCAAGGUGCGACAGCUGGCUGUCUGGAGGAUCGCGACGCAGUUUCUACUAUUCCAUAUCGGAGAGCAUCUACCACAGUCUGGCAGAUGAGAGCGAGUUUACUGGCCUGGCAGCCGCUUCGCUGGAGAAUAGGCAGCAGAAUUACGGACCAGCGAGCGAACUGCCAGAUCUCAACGAACCCCUGCCCGAAGAUGAGGGCUGGCUGGUCGAGGAGGGCGAAUUCAUCAUGAUGCACGCUGUAUAUCAAACACAUCUGGGCAUCGACUGCCAUUUUGCACCGAAGGCCCAGUUAAACGACGGCACCAUCUAUUUAAUUCUCAUACGCGGCGGCAUCAGUCGGCCGCACCUUUUGAGCUUCCUCUACAACAUGAGCUCCGGUACGCACCUGCCAGAAGUAAACAACGAAUAUGUAAAGGUGCUGCCGGUUCGAGCUUUCCGCCUGGAGCCACACGACAAUCACGGCAUCAUUACGGUCGACGGGGAGAGAGUCGAGUUUGGGCCACUCCAAGCAGAGGUAUUGCCGGGCAUAGCCCGCGUUAUGGUACCCAAGUAGGAGGAGGACGAUCAGAACCACUUCCCUAGAGGCUGGAGCUUACUAAAGACCAUCAAGCAAUAGAAAUCUCAAUUUAGGAAUCUCUGCAUUUGUAGCUAAUACUUAGGGGCCCAUUGGCCACGAUGAGAGAGUUGUGCAUUCUUAUAAUAUUGUGUUUUUUUUUGGCUUGCUUCUGCCAACAAAGUAUUGUUAACAUUUUUUAAGAUAAUUGCAGCUAUUAACGAAAUAUAAUCAUGUAUAUAAGGCAGGAGCCAGAUGAUGUACUUGUGAACCAUA